AUGAACACAAUCAUCCUCGCAUGCUUUGACCCCUAUGCGUCGGCAUACUGGCUUCCGGACGUUGGUCGCCAGACAGCAGCAAGGAUACCAACGCGGAAGUUCUGGGCCUUGCGCGCGAACUUGGCCCGCUCGCGACCAGACUAUCCUUUCCCUCAAGAUAUAUUUCUACUAUCUGGCCAACCGUCGCCAUACCCAUUUUCCGAGGCAACAAUGACAAUAGGUCCCAAACGUGCUUACCCUUCUCGCAAGCUCCUAUGCACGGAUGCUGAGUUGUCGGUCGCGCCACCUCUCCCCGCAACAAACGACUCGCCCCUCUACUUGCAUACCGUACCAAGGCUUCGCUGCCACUUCGCAUCUCGUAUCAAGGAGGUCUUAUUCCGGUUUGAUGGAGAUCAUCUCGAAAAAUUCGUCGCUACCGCUUACGAAGCUCUGCGUCUUGCGCGCGAGUUCCGUCUGCAGGGUCAUAGGGCCUUUCAGAGGGAGGUUCUAGGGCAAUCCGGCAUAUCCAAGACACGGCCGCUUCCGAUUCCACAAAGUUUAGCAUACGUCUUUGGCGAACUUCACGACCCGAAGGCGUUCGUAUUCAAGUUCGGACCCAUCGACGACCUGACCUAUCCCGAGAUGCUUGAACCUACCUUGGUGUAUGAGCACAUCCUCAUCUACAAACAGAUCGGGAAGGCGCGAUACGCCAAGCACUAG